GUUAACACUUCCACACGCACAAAAUCCCAACAAAUCUCUAGUCUUAAAAGUCUCUUAAAUAGUCGAAAAAAGUGUUUCCCAAUGGAGAGUAGCGAAGAGGAGUGCGAGCGACCAUCGACGUCGGGGGAAACCUUUAUGGAUACCGCCAUUCUGGACUUUGCCCAGUCGAAGUACUCCCUUCACACCACUACGCCAGUCAUUGUGGAGGGAGAGAACGAUGGCAAUGCCACCGACGAGGAGGUCGAGAUCUGCAUAACCCACUUGAACUUUCUGCCCGAUCAUAGCAGGCGUCUCUAUAUGGACUGCCCAUUUUCGCUUCCCGCGGGCGAACGGGUUGCGAUGCGUGGUGGUGCGGAAACCAUUUCCGAUUCUCCGCAGGACAGUACCAGUUCUCCGGAAGUGCGAUAUGAGCGACGUAGGAGUACUAGUACCAGUAUUAAGAAAUACUGGACCCUCCAGAAUCGGCCCUUUGAGUGUCCCAUCAGCAGUUGCCAUAUGGUUGUCAGUCCUGGCAUCCUUCUCAGUCACGGCCUGAUGUACCACGAGGAGGUCAUCUCCCUGGAACUGAAGGCCAAAGAGGAGAAGUGCUUGAAGAUCGUAGGAAAAUCGCUGCAAGAAGCCAAGGAAAAGAGCAGCUGCCUGGGUCUGAUGGUCUACGAGAGCGGCAGGCAGGUGGCCCUGAACUCCAAUCUGCCGAGGAUUUACUUGGAUUGGGGGGGUCGUUUGCCCAUCUUUGUGAUGCUGUGGAAGACCUCCUGGGGCUCACAGCCCGUCGGUCCGCGGGUCACCCAUAUCUACAUCCUUUGGCUGCUCUGUCCCCAGGCCCAGCCUCCUCUGAUGGUGACCGUGGAGACCGAUAAGAAUAUUCCGGGACUGCCACGUCGCCAGGUUAUCCACACCUGUUCCAACACUGAGACUAUCGAAAAGUGCGACCUGCUCUCCGAUAGUCCGCUCUUCAUGCGGUUCACCCAUCGCGAAAUGAAGGAGCACACCGGAGACUACACGCAGGACAUCAUCCUGCACCUCACCAUUUGCGAGGAUGAGACCAUUGUGCCGCCGAGUUCCCCCGAUCCCGCAGGGAAUCAAGAAGAUGUGCAAAGUUUAAUGGAAGUCGAACAGGCUACUGCGAUGGAUCGACUGACGAUUAAUGAGGACAACCCAGGAGAUGACGUUGAAAACCCUCAGAAGCCCAACUGAGCUGCUUUUAAGGCCUUUGAUUUUUCGAAAUUGUUUGCGUUGCUUUGAUUUUGUCGGUAUGGAAAGAACCUCUUUCUGUGGGCAACUUUUAUAUUUGUGUUUUAAGAUAUGAUCAAGAUCAAAAUCACUUCAGUGCAGUAAAGAAAGACUCCAGAAGUCUAUUAUUAUUUUGA